ACUCUCUCUCUCACGCUGAGAGAAAUGUCAUUCCGCCUGUUCCUUUGUCGGUGAACGCCAACACCACUCCAUUACUCAAUCGGCCGCGAAACAUAUACAUACGCUCAUAGUACCAACCGAUAAUGUCGUCGUUUUUCACCCUGCCGGGCUCUGCGAAACGAAAACGUGCCGACGCCGCCGGGAAUAAGUCUAAGAAAGUUCGCCCCACAGACGCAGCAGCUGGUGGAUCGGAGAAGCGACCGCAGAAGAGGAGGAAUGAGGAUGAUGAGAUCUCGAGCGAGUCAGAGGAUGAGAAUGCGAAGCCCAGAGGAUCGGACGACGAGGACGAGGACGAGGAGCUUGCUGGGGAGACUGCGGCGGAAAAGCGCCUGAGGCUUGCGCAACAGUAUCUGAACAAUAUUCGCGAGGAAGUUGAUGAGGGUGGAUUCGACGCUGCCGACAUCGACCGUGAUCUGAUCGCCGAGCGCUUGAAGGAGGAUGUCGCGGAGGAGAAGGGCCGUUUAUAUCGACAUAUCGCCGACGAUUUCUCGUUUAGCACUGCCGUCUCGUCCCUAUUCCGAAUGGAUGCUGGUCCCACUACCGGCAUCGCCGUCAGCGAUCCAUACAUCUACACUGUCACCCGUCACCGAUACCUCGUGAAGUGGGAGCUCCCCGCUUACCCGCCCCCACCAGCCACUUCGAACAACACUCCCCGGACAAGGCCUAAACGAGUGCAGUACGUGCGCGGAGGCCGGAAGAAGGACGAGGGCUUUGAGGGCCACACGGAUGAUAUCCUUUGUGUUGCUGCAUCCGCGGAUGGGAAAUUUGUUGCGACUGGAGGCAAAGACCACAAGCUCAUCGUAUGGGAUGCCGAGACAUUGAAGAUCCUGAAGGUGUUCAGGCAGCAUCGUGCAGGUGUCACUGGUCUUGUUUUCAGGCGCGGGACGAAUGAGCUGUACUCAAGCUCUUCCGACCGGACAGUGAAGCUGUGGAGCUUGAACGAGCUGGCGUACGUGGAGACUCUUUUCGGACACCAGGAUGAGGUUCUGAGCAUUGCUGCGUUAGCUGGGGAACGGUGUGUUUCGGUUGGUGCUCGCGACCGGACGGCGAGGUUAUGGAAGAUUGUCGAUGAGACACAACUUGUGUUCCGCGGCGGUGGGUCUGGGGAGGGGAAAGUACGAAAGAACAAGGACGGGAGUAUACGGCACGAGGAGGGCAGUAUGGAUUGUGUUGCCAUGCUCGAUGAAGAGCAUUUCGUCACCGGAAGUGACAAUGGAAACAUUUCCCUCUGGUCGAUCCACAAGAAGAAGCCUAUACACACGAUCCAAGUCUCCCACGGACUCGCCCCACCCCUGCUACCGGAGAAAUCUAGCGCGGAAACAAAUCCUGUACAAGAGCCCGCCGCUCCCGCUCAGCCCCGCUGGGUCACCGCGCUGACGGCUAUUCCAUACUCCAACCUAAUAUUCUCCGGCUCUUGGGAUGGAAGUGUAAGAGCCUGGAAAGUGACGGCCGACAAGAGGAAGCUCGAGGCUGUGGGUGUGAUAGGCGGCGAAGGCACCGUCCGUGGAAUCGUCAACGGGAUCGCAGUUCUGGAGAGAGGUACCACCAAGAAAGAUGCGAAGGUGGUCGUCUGCGUCGCCACCGGAAAGGAGAUGAGGCUGGGAAGAUGGAUGGAGGUCGAGGGACGGAGCGGUGGCUACGUUUUGGACGUCAUGAAGAAGAGCUCGGGCACUGGCGGUGCUGACGAGGAUAUGGAGGAGGGCGGCGAUGCAUAGUCAGAGGAUUUGGUUGUAAAUACAAAAGCUUCUCAUCUAUAGGUUCAAUUCUGGAG